CGCGCGGAGGGGCGCGGGCGGGCGCCGCGGGACCUCGCCGGGCCAUGGCACCUCCUGUCAAAGGGAAAAGGAAACAAUCAGAGGGAGGUGACGCCCUGGACCCACCUGUGUCCCCUCAGCCCGAUGGUGAGCAGAGCCAGAGCCAGAGCCAGAGCCCCGUGCAGCUGGAGGACUCCCCCGAGGCAGGCGGGGAGCGGGAGGAGGAGCAGGCCUUCCUGGUCAGCCUCUACAAGUUCAUGAAGGAGCGACACACGCCCAUCGAGAGGGUGCCCCAUCUCGGCUUCAAGCAGAUUAACCUAUGGAAAAUCUACAAGGCAGUGGAGAAGCUGGGGGCCUAUGAGAUGGUGACCGGCCGCCGCCUCUGGAAGAACGUGUACGACGAACUGGGGGGCAGCCCAGGCAGCACCAGUGCGGCCACCUGCACGCGCCGCCACUACGAGAGGCUGGUCCUCCCGUACGUGCGGCACCUGAAGGGGGAGGAUGACAAGCCACUGCCCCCCUCCAAGCCCAGGAAGCAAUACAAGAUGGCCAAGGAGACUCAGGGGGAUGACGGGGCCGCUGAGAGGCCAAAGAAGGCCAAGGAGGAGAAGCGAGGGGAUCAGAUGGUGCCAGGAAAGAUCAGAACAGAUGCCGUGGACCUGGUGCGGCUUCCCAGCCAGGAGUCCCCCAGGGACGGCACGGAACAGCCGGGCCCGGCCUCAGGGCCCUCUCUGCCGUUUGUGGGUGCCAGCGGCUGCCCUGAGGCUUACAAGCGGCUCCUGUCCAGUUUCUACUGCAAAGGGACACAGGGCAUCAUGUCACCACUGGCCAAAAAGAAGCUCCUGGCCCAGGUGAGCAAGGCAGAGGCCUUGCAGUGUCAGGAGGAGGGCUGUCGCCAUGGGGCAGGUGGCCCUAACGGGGAGCCCCAGACCUCCCCUGCUGUUUGCCCCCCGGAGCAUCCCCAGAGCCCAGGAGGGCUGGCAGAGAACUCCAGGCACCGGCUGACCCCGCAGGAGGAAAUGCAGGCCCCUGGUGGCAGCCUGAGGGAGGAGGCUCAGGCGGGCCCCCGCCCGUCAGCCCCCGUCUUCACUGGCUGUUUCCGUGCCUACCCCACUGAGGUACUGGAGCCCAUCAGCCAGCACCCCCGGGACUUCCUCCCCAGUCUUAAAGAUGGGGUGCUCUUGGGGCCCCCUGGCAAAGAAGAGGGCUUGCCGGUCAAAGAACCCCAGCUGGUGUGGGGCGGGCAUGCCAGCCACCCCUCUGCAUUCCACAAAGGCAGCUCCAGAAAGGGCAGCCUCUACCCCAAGCCCAAAGCCUGCUGGGUGUCCCCCAUGGCCAAGGUCCCUGCUGAGACCCCUGUGCCCCUUCCCACCUUCCCCAGCAGCCCAGGCCUCAGCAACAAGCGCAGCCUGGAGGAAGAGGGCUUUGCCCAUGGUGGCAAAAAACUGCGGGCAGUGUCUCCCUUUCUUAAGGAGGUGGAUGCCAAGGAGUGUGGGGCCAAGUCUGUGGGGCCUGGCUUGGCCGUCUCCUGCCUGCUGGGCCCAGCCCUGGGGCCUGCCCUCCCGGAGGCCUACAGGGGCACCAUGCUGCGCUGCCCACUGAACUUUGCCGGCACCUCGGACCCCUUAAAGGGCCAGGCUACUCUCCCCUUCAGCCCCCUGGUCAUCCCGGCCUUCCCAGCUCACUUCCUGGCCACUACAGCCCCCUCACCCGUGGCCACUGGCCUGAUGCACUUCCCCCCAGCAUCCUUUGACAGUGCCCUCCGCCACAGACUUUGCCCGACCUCGUCUCCAUGGCAUGUGCCGCCUGCCACAACCUAUGCAGCGCCCCACUUCUCCUUCCACCUCAACACGAAGCUGUAGGUCGGAGCUCACAGCACUGUGAGGGUGGAGGGUCUGACGUGGCCUGAGAUGGGUAGGCACUGCCAGGGGGCUCUGGGCUGGAGCCCAUUCCCCAGGAGAGCUCGGCUGUGUCUGAUGCAGGCACGUGCCCCAGGCUGGGCAGCCUGGCACAAAGAGGGAGGCAGUGGGAAAACUGGGUUUAUCUUUCCAGGUAGCAGCCCGAGCCUGGGGACUGGAGGCGCCCAGUGUGGCAAGGCCUUGGGAGCAGAUGGUGCCGGGCUGGCAGCUCCCAGCUGAGUUCCCAGAGCAGAGGCCAGGGAUCGGGUGAGGGGCUGAGGAGCUGGAUAGCAGCUUGGGGCAUCUUGGCUGCCCACAGAAAAUCCAAUAAAACAGCAAUGUGAAUCUA